AUGAGGUUGUGGUCUUCGCUGAGUGACCGUGAUGCUGUGCCCAGCUUUCUUUCCUCGCGUCAUCCACAAAAACCUUCUGCUCGCUGUCCGGCCGGUCAGCUCCACACCCCUGCCGAGCUCUUCACCAUGAGCAUCCGCCUCGCCAAGCCCGACGACCUGCUCGCCAUCCAGGCAGCCAACUUGCAGAACCUCCCCGAGAACUACUCCAUGAAGUUCUGGAUAUACCACGCAAUGACGUGGCCGCAGAUAUCUUUCGUCGCGGAGGACCAGAAGGGGCGUAUUGUGGGAUAUGUCCUGGCCAAGAUAGAAGAGGCAGAGGAAGACGAGUCGGGCAACAAGCCCCAGAACGACAACGGGAAGCCCGCAGAGAUCCACGGCCACGUCAACUCCAUCUCCGUCUUGCGGGCGUAUAGGCGUCUGGGCCUGGCUAAGAAGCUCAUGCUGCUUUCUCAGGAAGCGAUGGCGACGGUCUACAAAGCCAAUUACGUCUCCCUGCAUGUCCGGAGGUCAAACAAGGCGGCGAUUGCGCUGUAUCAAGGCGCGCUGGGGUUCAAGGUCGCCAAAGUCGAGGCAAAAUAUUACGGAGAUGGGGAGGACGCUCUAUCGAUGCGUUUGGAUCUUGAUACGGGAAAGCCAUGA